AUGGCCACAAACAGAGGCGAGAGAAAGAAGAAAAAGAACUAUGAGUUCAAAAUGCCUGUCCAUAAUGGUAUUCCAAAUAGUGGUAAAGGACCCAAUACAAUCAAUGUCCUCAAUAUUGAUUAUAUCCAGGACUUAAAACUCAGAGAAAGAGUUAUAGAAAAAUGGGUUACUGAGAUUUCACUAAUCUUACAAACAAACCCAGAUGAAUUUGGAAAUGCAAAAAAUGUUUUCCUACUUUUAGAACACAAGACUGAUGGAAUUGUGCAAAAAUUCCUUAGAAAUAAUAAUUGGAAUGAAGAAUUACAUGGAUUAGACCUUUUUGAUAAUCUUAUAAAUGUCAUUUACACUACCUUCUUAGGACUAGAUUAUGUCUCCAAUAAAGACUUCACUAUAAAUAAGAAAGUCGACAUAGCAAGAGUCUCAAUGACAAAACUCCAGUUACAUGAUAUUUGCCUCCUUGACAAAUACACAUGUAGAUAUGAAUCAUAUCUUUAUGAUAUUCCACAGAGAUGUGAAUAUUCACAAUGGAUAUGUGCUUAUCUUAUGAAAAUACCAAUCAUUGGAGAAAUCUGUACUGAAAGAUGGAAAAAAGAAGCCAUUGGAGAAAUUCAGCAAACCAGUCUUUCUUAUGCAACAAAAAUUGCAAAAGAAGAAAUUGACAGAAUAUGUCAAGACAUGUAUAAACAACAAAAGCUUAAAACUAUAAGCAAGGAUUGUUGUAACAUUCUGUCUGAUUUCAAAGAUUUUGAUAUCGGAAGAAAAACUUAUACUAAGAAUAAGUAUAAAGAUAAAAACAAAAAGAAAUACAAAUCUUUUUGGAAGAAGAAAAAGAGAAGAUUUUCUCCAGGAAAAUACUUCAAAAAAUCUUCGAAAGAAACACCUAAAAAGAAUACUUCCUGCCCACAAGGAAAGAAAAAAUGCAGGUGUUGGAUUUGCAACGAAGAAGGACACUACGCUAAUGAAUGUCCAAAUAGGAAAAAGUACCCUGACAAGGUCAAAGUAUUACAAGCCGCUAAUAACGGAGGCUAUGAAGCUCUUGAAGAAGAAUACAACGGUAUACAAUGUGUUUUCAUUCUACAUGUUGAUACUAAUUCCUCGUCAUCCUCAGAAGAAGAUGAAGCAACUACUGAUGACUCAGAAUAG